AUGACGGCCAGCGGGCACGAAUGCCGGCGUAGGCGUACGGAUCACGACGCUAGAGGCGCAAGUGGAAGGAGAGGGCAAACAGGGUCAGGAACAGACGCGGGAACGGACAUCGAUCCCGGAAUGAUUGGUGGUCGAUGGAUCCAGGGUUGGACGCGGGAAGGGGGAGUGUGCGAGCGAGGAGGACGGGCCAGUCAGGCCAAGACUUUGGCAUCUGGACAUGGGAUUUCGAGGCAUGAUGGAUCGACCCAGGGGGUACGGGGGGUCCGGCCGGUGAUGGUGGCAUGGCCGACUGCAUGCUGUGAUAGGACGGUGCCUUGCGAUGCCUCCCUCCUCGGGCUGUUUCGCCCAGCUACUAGCCAGGGACCGAAAAGUGGAGGGUCGUGGCGAUCUCCAGCGCGGGACGGAUGGCUAGAAGGCCCCCCGCCCCUGACUCGGAUUGACGAGAACACGCGCAGCAGGGAGGCUGAGCCGCAGCCCGGCAUGCGAAUGAGCAAAAAGGGGCAGCGGAGCGGGCCAGGUCCAGGUGGUGGUGAUGGCAGACAGGCUACUGCAAGGCACACCAGUGUGAUACGACGCUUCAACGGGGGUGGGGGAAUCGCAUCGUCGAGGGGACACUUGCAGUGCCUAGCUGCGGCAUGCCUCUGGAGGGAGGGAGCGUGA